AUGACUGAACUCGGAUUGAAUUGUUUACCAGUUGGGGUGGCGUCAUUGGGGAAGAAUGUUUACCCAGUCUCCACCUCGUCCGCCGAACCCGAUGCUGCUGAUGUCAUACCGGAAAAUUUUGAAGGUGAGUCGUACGUUGUAUCGGUCUACAUAAAAAUAAAAAAAUGAUAAAAAAAUAAAAAAAUUUCCCGAGAAGACAACUUGCCAAAACUCUGCUUAUAUCAGGGAGUGGGGGCUGUAUCGUGAUGUCAAUACAGUAAAAACCCGCGACUAAGAACCUGCAUUCUUCCAAGUUAGCCUCAACAGGUUUUUUUAGCACAAAUUUAGGCUAUUGAGGUUCUUAAUAGGUUCUUAUUUUGUGAAGAAAAAAAUACAUGGUAGUUAAAGAGUAUUUAGCGGUAUUCAGCUUACUCCUUAGGUAAAACCAAGAGACCACUCUCUCUUGGUAAAACCGGUAUACCGCAACAAUUGCAGUUGGAGUAAAAGUCAAUUUAUUGAAGAAAACAGCUCAAAUCAGUCAAGGCUAUUUCGGGAGAUCGAGUAAGCGUCUAUUGAAUAUUCAGGCUGAUAAAACUCUCCCGCCUCACACGAACGCUGUUAAGCUCGCCAAUGAUAUGGGGGACUACUUUUUUCAUAAGAUCACUGCAGUAAGAUCCAAGCUGGCGGCCAGCACUAAGUCCCUUCCCAGUGCUGCCCAAGAAUCUACUACCACCUUGGAACCUACGUCAAAUUUUAGGUUAAACAGGUUCUUGUGUAGAGGGGGACGAUACUGGUAAAUUUUAGCCUAACAGGUUCUUAUUCAUAGGUUUUUACUGCAUAUGAUCGGCUGGUGAUGGUGAUAAUGUUGGUGAAAACACCAAUGAUUAAACUGAUGACGACAUCGCAAAAUCUGAUCCUCAGUUCGUUGAAUUGAUUUGGGUGUUAAGAAGAUGAUGAUGUUACUGUAUUGAAAAUCUAAUAAGGGUUAAAAAUCUUACUUAAUAUGUAAUCUAAUCGUCUCAUUCAAGACCAUUUAAUUAUCAGGAGCUGAUCCGUGUAUCCUGACUGGCUAUCGUGGCAAGCAAGAACACGACACCCCAGAGGAGGGGUAUGGGGAAAAUUUCUUUCCUGAAGCAUUCGAAUAUGAAGGGAUGAACUGGUACCCACCCAUCAACUUGACUGCAAUUUUUGAAGGGUAAUAGUUAAUGCGUAAUUUUACCGGUCCCUUUUAACCAGUCAUUAACUAAACAGUGUACUCUUUUAAAACACCAUCGACGAUAGUGUCGCGAUCCAAAAUAAAAACAGCUUUGAGCAGGGUCAAGAUUUGCACUGUUCGGCCCUCUGACGUCAUAGCUUUUGCAAUGUUGCUCGUUCAGAAACUUCUGGCGGGAAACAGUUUCUUGUGUCAUUGUUAACUUGGAUGUCAAGUGAACCCGAAGUAGCCAAUGAGAGCAAACUUCACAGAUCGGUGGGAUAGGCCAUUUGCACUAAGAGGUCAUGUGACAUCAUUUUAAUGAAAAUAACAGUUUUAUGAUUUUGCCCUCGAAAAACGAUUAGUGGGGCAUAUCUUAAACAAAAUAAUAGUGAUUUUGUUUUGCAAACCCGCACUAUCUUCCUAAAAUGAGUAAGUUCGUAGCUGGUCACGUGACCAAAGUGUGAUUUUUAAAACUACGAAUUACCUCUUUCUGAACAGAAAUUUGGCACUUAAACUUCAAGGAAAUUGUUGAAAAGAUGAUGUACUAACGUUUCCGGCACAUCUGAGUGUAACUAUCAAACUUUAACAAGAUACAAGCAAAAAGUAGUUUGGACCGCCAUGUUGGAUUCCCUCCAAAAAAAAAAAAGGGAUCCCCUCCAACAUGGCGGCCAAUAGAAUUCAUACUGCUUUCUUGAAAAAUCAAAGUGCCAUAAAAUGUUUCCCUUAAAUGCGUUUCCUCUCAAAUUUCGGGCGUAAGAUUAUUUUUAUGUGCUUUGACUAUUUUUGGCAUCAGCAAGAUUCCAAGUCAUUGUUUAAAGAGAGCAUUGGUCACGCGACCUCUUAGUGCAAGUGGCCUGUCGAAAGUCAAAACACUGUUGCUUCAACUUCGUUUUCAGGGUCUCUCUUAUGCCGUCGGGUUAGCUGUUGGUAAGACUAAUGACGGGCGUUUCAAGAGCUUAUAGUUAUAGACCAGCGACAGGGCUCCUGGAGAUCAUAUAUCCGUGCAGUGAUUUCGUAUUAUUAAUUUUGUUUCGGCCGAUAGCCGCAUUACAAGUGGCCGCAAUAAAAAUUUGUUUCACUUCUACUCAUCUCCAGUAGCUCUCGGCCAAAUUUAAUUUGUUUUGGUUUUGAUCUCAACCAAUCACAACGCACGAUACCUAUAUCCAGAAAUGGACAUCUCCCCUACUGACUGAUAGUCUCGUAUUAAUUCUGAGUUUGCAAAAAUUGUGUUAUCGUGCACGUGGAAAAAAAAGAUGCGAAUUCGGAGUAACUUUUCACGAACAAAUAAACUAAUACUAAAUAAAGUGAGAAAAUGAAAAGCCCCAUCAAGAGCCAUGAUGUGAUCCAACCCGGUUACCAAGUGUCAAAUAUAUUUUGUGGCCCUUUUAACCACCAGCCACCAUCCUUAAGAGAACGUUUCAAUUCUUUGAAGUUAUAGAUAACAUAACAACGUUUGAAUUCAACCCGUGCCCCCCCCUCCCCCUCCCCCUCAAGUGGACUACUUGCGGUUUGAGGUAAAUGGUUCGCAAGUUAGUUUUUCAAAAUGGCGUCAAAUAUCGAAAAAUAGUAGUCCAGAGGGGAAAAAAGUCAGUUCAGUCUCAGUUCAACACUGACGUCUCUGCCUUGAAUGAAAACGACUCUAGCAGAACAGAAGAAUGCACUUGUACAUUGAAAACCAAUUCGCAAAGAGUAAGAUCUUGAUCUGAAAGGGUUUUCGUCUCACAACGUUCUGUUGACGCAAAUGAUACUGACUGAUUUAGGGUACCUGCUAAAAACGCAAAAGAACUGACUAUGAGAAAGACAUUGUUAUAGCGAAGACUUAAAUUUUUAGUUUGCCUCUGUGUAAAAAGGUAUAGUACUCUGAUUUUUUAGGAAAACGAAUGAUAUUGCACAGUUGUUGUACAUUUAACGACACCCGCUGUAGAUGCGUUACUAAAAGUAAAUAACAAAAUGCAAAAAAGGCAGUAGUUUUAGAUUGCUUUGAUUGUACACACGAGUGGCAUUUGGCAAAAAGGGACUGUCGCUUUGUAAAAAUGCCUUUUAUGAGGAGCAACUUUUAAGAAACUUUUCACUGAGAAAAUUCUGGCAACUUUGGGCAACUUUUAAGAAAAUUUGGAGCAACUUGAGGCUGAGGCUACCUCUGAGACCAGUGUAGUGCCCGACGCUCAUAUUCGAGAUUGACCGACCUGUGUUUUAUCGCUUCGCAAAAAGUGUGAUGGAGCCGGUCUUGUUAUGUUUUUGUUUGUGUGUGUGUGUGUGUGUUUUUUUUUUGCAGUUUCGAGGCAAAACUCUCGCGUGCCUACUUUUAAUUCAAGAAUGAUAAUACACCCUUGUACGAUCGAAGGAUAGUUUGGAAAUAAUUGAAAACAUGAACGUCACGUAGAAAGGCCCUUAUGUUAUUAUAGGAGGGCGGGAACCAUUACGUUACUUGCGUGGAAUUUUGCGGACACUCUUGUCAUGCCACUUGUUACUAGUAUGUUAUGUUAGAAUCCGCGACGUAUCACCUCUAAUUACUUCGCGGUCUUAAAAUGUCACGUGACGCUUCCUAAAAAUUCCAAGGAGUUGUGUUUGGAAACCAGUAAGCGGUAGUUGUAAAUGAAAAGGAUAGUAAUUUUUUUAGUUCAGCUUUAAAUUUUCGAACAUCGAGUAAUUUAUGUCCAUAUUUUAUUAUUUCCACGACCCUGAUCUAUGCCAGCGAUGAAUUCAAUCGACUCUGUCGCGGUGAAAGCGGCUUACAAUGGGUGAGCACUGUUCAUAUGCGGCGUUGAAGUUACCGUAUAAUUUGAAGCAUGAUUUUUGUCACAACGCCAUUCGAUCAUUGAUGAAAUUAUUUUCUCAUCAUUUCAGCACUAUCAUGGUGUUAUCAAUGCAGAGUCGGAUUACUCUGGAAAAAUUCUGCGCUGAUAUGCGAGGUAUAUUCAAAUUUGACGAGGACGAUGAAUUCACGAUGAAGUGGCUAGACGAAGAAGGUGAGUCCGGCGGCGAGCGAUGUACCGCUCAUUGAGGUUAGCUUUUUCCCAACUCUGCAUUUGUAGAAUUUUGAUACGCUAUUGAUCCUGCUACUCUUGGUUAUUGUAAAGCCAUUUAUAUUGAGUCAUGCUGAGCUUUUCGAGUCGAUGCGAAAUCAUUCGUUUUCAGCAUAACUAAUAUUUUGUAAAUAAACAAGCUUUAGUUCAUCUCUCUUGCGAUGAAUUAGGGCUGACAUUUUCAUAAUUCAAUUAAAGUAACAAGUUUUAGUUGGCCUGAGUAGUUUUCUGAAGCUAAAAAUAAGUUUCAAUCGAUGAGUUUGAUUUCUGUGGUUUCCUUUAGUGGAGUUGUUUAUGAUGAUAAGCUUAUUAGAUGCGAGGAUCUGCGAGGAUAGGGAUACAUUUCAGUGAUAAAAGCCUUGCAAAUUUCUAGUUGAUUGAUAAUGGUUAUGAAAGUGACAGCACGCAAGCUUUCAUUUUAUUCUCGAAGUAAUCUCAAGCUUAACUGUGUCUUGUAAAACAGUAUAAUUAGCAAAUAAGGACCUAUAAACAAAAGAUAAGAUACUGGAUUUUUAUGCAUCAGUCAAUUCUUUAGAAAAGUAUGAUACCCUUCCCUGUAAUAUAUGUACUACGCUCCUUUCAGUUUUGGGCAUAUACUGAGGAAAUUUUGAGUGUUUUGGGAGUUUUGUCUUUUCGUUGUUGCCUAAUUAUGGCUUGAAUUAAAGUGAACUUCAUUUACAGAGGAUCAAAAAUUAAUGCCAAGGUCAUAAAUGCUUUCAAGCUUUGUUUUGGAUAUUUCCUGAAGUGGUCAGCAGACAUGCAGUAAGUCUUGCAUGAUAAGGCCCAAGCAGGAACUUUAGGAUGAAUUUUUGGGCAAAAAUGCUUCAAAAGUAUAUAUCAAAGCCAGAAUACCCUGCAAGCUGUCAUAUUAUGUUAGACACUUCAGACCUGUUACGUAAACAAAGUCCACCUAAGGGUCUGAUAAUAAAACAGUACAUGGACCUCCAGGUAGGUUUAUAAGCGGCUUAGUUAAAUUACAUAACUAUUUUGCUUGUCUGUUCCCUUGUACUGUAUGUCUUUAACUUUGUUCACAAUCACCUUCGUUAAUUAGGUUGAAAAAACUUACAAAUAGCUAAAAAAUGUGUCUCAGUUAAACAAUGGCUUUGAUUUAUUAUUUUUUAACCAGCGCCGAGCUGUUUAAAAGGUGGUAAGGUUAUUCACCGGAUAAAUAUCCAUCCAGUGGAUAGUGGUUUCCCUAAUGCUCAUCGAUCCGCUGGAUAUAGAUUUGAACAACCAGGGUCAGAUUCCUGAGCUGCAUUUUCACUGAGCAUAUUUCCUUCUACAUGCUUUGUGACUGACAAAUAGAAAAAUGUUGUUUAUUUGCUUGUUUGUUCAUCUCAGGUGACCCAUGUACCAUAUCUUGUCAAGAAGAACUGAAUGAGGCCAUAAGAUUAUACGAAUUAAAUAGAGACUCAGAGCUGGUCGUACAUUGUAAGUAGCUACUACUGUAAAAACCCCCUUAAUAAAGUGGCCACUAAGUGCAGGGUGCAAACAAACUCAUUUUUAUAGCUUGCCAUUUGGGCAAGCUGAAGCUAGCAUUGACUGGCCCAGACUUCAUUAAUUUUCAACUAGCCCCAAAAGCUUUUUGACGAGCAGAAUAAUUGGUUUCACAGUUCUUCUGUUAUUCGAAUUCCUCAAAAAACAUCACUUGCACGUUGGGCAAGUUAAAAACAGAAUUCACUAGCCCGAUAGCAAAAUCCACUAGCCCCGGGCUAUCGGACACGACUUUCUUUGCACGCUGCCACUAAGUGGGAAUGAAAUGUAGUCAAAUCGUAAAAUUUUACCAUAAGGUGAUAGUGGUUUUGAAAUCAGAAAAUGACUUUGUGUCCAGGAGGUAAUCAUAACAAGAUAUAAGUCAGACAGGACUUCAUUAGGUAUCAACGGAAGAAGUCAGGGGAAAUCCCUCUUGGUGUCAUCAUUAAGAGCCAGGACUUAUCCUUUCCACUCUCAAAAGUGGACAAUGUCAAAAUUCAACUGCUAGAAAACAAAUAUAUUAUAGUAACAUGAGAAAGUGCAGCUAAUGAGGUUUGAGUUGAAUGGUCACGCCAUUUUGUCCACACACUCAAAAUAGGUGAGUAAAAAAAAAUCCGAAUUUAGGACAAGCAAAUGUAGUUAUUGCUGGUCACUCUGUAGCUUCGUAUCUGCAAAAAUAUGUAUUUUAUUAAGAUAAUUUUACAUUUUUUUUAUUUUUAGUGUUUAAAGGUAUUCCAGAUGAAGCAGGACGGUUGUGUGAUGGAGAGACAAGUAAGUCAAUAAAAUACUGAAAUGCAGUAACCUGAGGCUACUAUCUUUAUAGACUUAGCAAAUUCACAUCUGCAGUGAUGGGAGCUAUUCCCUUUGCAUAUUUAACACAAUUUAUUAGAAUUAAACCGAUCUCUUUUCUUACAAGUACAGUCAAUAUGCACUCUGUUGUCUCUCUAAAAUAUGUCGUGUCACAAAUUUUGGAGCCAUUUUGGUAUAACGCAUCAAAAGCAGUGAAAUAUUCCUUAAACAUGAGUUAAAACCUUUUAUAGCUUUGGAUAAACUUAUCAAGUUCUCUACAUGUAUCUGUCAUUCUCUUAGAGUGCUGGUCAACUGAAAGUAGUUUGUCAUCUAUGAUCUAUUUUUGGUACAUCGAGGCCUUUUGCGUAGUGCUUAAUAUUAAUAAAGAAGGUGUGCUUUUUGUUAUCUUUAAGUGGUAUGUGUUGUCGAGAAAUUUUAAUGCUGGAAAACAGAGCUAGACCAAGAAAUAAUCUCUUAACACAACGUAUAAUUUUUGAUGAGGAUGUCAUUUCAGCUUGUGGUUCUGGAACGUAUGUGUUGUGGUUUAAUUUUAUCUUUGGUUUAAAUUUUAUUUCCCUUUGUUUUGGGGGUAUGGUAAUGGCAGAAUGAUAACGAGUUUGAAACAAAGGAAAAUAAAUUUAAACCAAGGAUAAAUUAUUAUUAUUCCCCGGGGACAUUGCAUAACAUCCAAAUAAUGGCUGCGAGUGAGAUUACUGAUCUACAUACUUUAGUUGAAGGAUGUCUUGCCUGGAAUCUUGCCCAAUGGGCAAGCGAGCUUUAAAAGUUACUUGCCCAUCAAGAAAAUCUACUUACCCCAGAUGACCUGACAGGACAUUUUUCAAGUCCUGAUGCAGCCUUAAUGACAGUUUUAGUUUCGUGGAAAAAACUUUUUUUUCCUAGGCUUCGUCCCUGUAAUUAUAUGGGUUAAAGCAACAAGAUGCGUAACUUCAAGUCAGCUGCUAGAAAAUGUUUUUUGGUUUAAUUCCAAGAAACUCAGCCUGUCAGUUAUUUUUUCUUGCAUGAGAGCAUUUUGAUGGUAAAUUAUAUAAUUUUCUCUAUAAUUAUUAUAGUUUGCUGUGGAUUUUAUUUUAUUGAUGCAGUUUUAACAAAUUUGUAUAUUUUGAGCAGCAAUUGGUUGUGGUCAACUUCUGGUUUUAUUACCAGCAGGUUGCAUUAAUUAUUGUGUGCUGGUAGAUUUUAAAUAUUUAGUUAGCAAUGCAUACAUUGUAACUCACAAGAAGAGAUUCUUGAGUGAAUGUUUUGUUUUCUUAAAAUUAACUGCAGGUAUGUUAUUUUCUGUGGUAUUUAAAUGACCUAUUAUGGUUGGUAUGCAGGGCCUUUCAUCCAUAAGUUAUACUUUCCAAAGUUAAUUUAUUCUGUUUGCCUUGCAUGUGAGUUACUUGAUUUCAGUCUUGAAGCAUUUCUUACUUAUGCUUUAAUUUUGCAAUAUGCAGUCAAAAUUUGCAUUGUACUGGUGCCAAGAUAAGUAGAGAGUGUUGAUAAUAUCGUGAAAAAUUGCUUCGUACAUAAGUGUGCAAUUUCAUGCUAGCACCGUCAAGAGUAAGUUUCUGUUUAGUACUGAACAGCGUAGAAGCCCUCAGUUGAUUGUGUAGUUUGCUAUCUAACAAUGCAACAUCAGUAGACCUUUUAAGAUGGAGGAAGAUGUUUGGUCAAUUUCUGGUAUAUUUGGAGAGGGCAUUGUAGAAGACGCAGAGAAAAGUGGUCGUAAUUAUGGCUUGAUUCGUCGGGCAUCUGCACGUUUUUUUGGUUCCAUUAAAAGAGCUCGUCGCAGUAUUUCUGGAAGUCUUACUUCUGUGCUUUCCCGACAAAACAUCAAUGCAGAAAAGGUAGAAAAGGAAUGCCCAUCUAAAAAAUCAAACAACACCAAAGGUAGACGUCCUCGAUCCUUCGCUUUUGGGGAAGAAUUUAGUGUGUUAAGCAUUCCUACAGAUAAAGGUGAAUCAAGUAUUUCUAUUUUACAUGUGCACCAAGUUAAGUUUUUUGUUGCUGGAGCUAAUUAAUUUUUGGUAUGUCAAUGUUUUCUUCUUUACCAUCUGUCAAUGAGAGUAUUUUAAUGUAAGCAGUACUUUCCGUUGGUACUGUUUUAUUUUAUUCUAUACAGGGCUCCGACCUUUUAAACAUUUUAAUCUGAAGUAUGUAUAGCAGACUAAUGUGUAACCUUAAGUGAAAGCCGCAGAUGAGAAGUUCUUUUUUGCAUGGCUUAUUACAUCACAUGUACUAUGUGUGUCUUACAUCAUCAUUUUAAGUGAAUCAAACCUUUGAGUAUUCUAAACAAGACCAUUCACAGGGUGCAAAGAAAGUCAUUCUUACAGCUUGCCAUUUGGGCAAGCUGAAGCUAACAUUUGCUAGUCCAAAUAUCAUUUCAAUUAGUCCCAAAAACGUUUUUGAUGAGCAGAUUGAUUUCACAGUUCUUCUGUAAUUUGAAUUCCUCAAAAAACUUCACUUGCCCGUCGGGCAAGUUAAUAACAGAAUAUUCACUAGCCAGAUAGCAAAAUCCACUAGCCCCGGGCUAUCGGACACUACUUUCUUUGCCCGCUGAUUCAAAUGUACUAAGCAGUGUAUAACACUAUAGACUGAUACUUUCUAAUAGGUCUUAAUGAUCUAAUACAAUAAUUAUUAGUAAACUUAUUUCAUAUAAGGUACCAAAUUGUUUGAAUGAAUCUGGUUAAAUCAAAUUGCCAUACUGUGAUAGAUCUUUAUUUGUAAAAAAAAGGGGAGAAAAAGGUAUGUGUAAUAUUUUCAGUGUGUAUGCCUGCUUAAACUUGACUAUUGUGAGAAUUUUAUAAUGAUUUUUUUCUCUUGACACGAAUGCUUUUUUUAUUUAAUUUGUUGAAUGCCCAAGUUGCUUUUAUUUUGUUAUGUAAAGUGCUAAUAGAUGGAACCUGCCAGUGAGCAUUGUGUUAUGAAAUUAUUAUGAGGCCCUUAAAUAAAAUUGAAAACUGAGGAGAUUACAAAUUACAUGUAUAAUAAGAUUAUUUCACAAAGUUUUUUUUAUUUUUCAACCAAAGAUCUUUCUGUUCUUUUAUUUAACGUUAAAUUUUUCCUGUUCAGUAUAAACUGUUUUUUAAUUUUCAUCUGCAUCUUUGUAAAAUAAUAUUCUCUUGUCUAAGUUUUACUAAAUUAAAACAGUAGAUUUCAUCUCUUCAAAGGUUCUGUUCUUGGAAUUUAUUUCAUGUUCAAAUUCUUUCUAACAAUGUGGUAUGCUGCAUGUCUUAUCUUAAUAAUAAAAUAAAAAUGAAUUUUUUUAAUCUUCAAUUUCUUUUUCAUCUUUAAUCAUUUAAGAUAAAAUAAUAUUCUCGUCUAUGUCUAAGUUUUACUAAAUUAAAACAGUAGGUUUCAUCUCUUCAAAGGAAUCAUGUUGUCCUUUCUAGUUGGUUAGUACAUGUAUAUGAAUGGUUACUCUUGUUCCAUUUCUGUGAAAUAUUUUUUCAUCUUACAUGUAUUUUGAACCUUAUUUUCUUUGCUUUUUAAAAUGAUAUUCCAUCAUUAUGUAAAAUAAAAUGAGAAAACUACUUGUUUUAAGUUUCUCUUUCACCUCGAGGGAAAAGGAGUGCUUAAACUAGAUCUUUUCUGUCACUAGAGACAUCUCAAAAGUUUUUGUUUGUGACAGUGUUCCUUAACCAUAGCACAUAAGUAGUUAUGAUUUAAAUAUGACUUUGUGAUUAGUCAACUCUAUUCUUCCACUCCAAUUUUUUUUGUACAAUUUUCUCUUGCUCUAUGAAAUUAUUAUUUAUUGCUUUUGAAUUUUUGACAAAAUUAAUGUAUUACUUAUUUCUUGUUAACAGGAAAUAUCUACAGAAGAGGAGCAAAGAGAUGGAGAAAAAUUCACAUUGUGAAUGGCCAUUCCUUUGUGGCAAAAAGAUUUAGCAGAGUGAGUUGUUUUAAUUUGGAAAUUAUUUAAGACAAUUUUCAAGGGAUACUUGUACUGUUCUGGAAUACAUGUAAUCAUUAAGUGCACUUAAAAAAACUACAGGUAGUUUGUCCUUUGGUGAUUCUUAUACCAGACAUGACAGGAAAUGAAGAGAUUUAACCAUUACUCUGAGUUUUGGCAUGUUACCGAGUGAUGUAAGUGACUUCUUUGUUUUUAUGUUUGUUUAUUCUUUAUUUUAUAGCUUGCGGCAUGUUCAUUUUGCUCAGAUAGAAUAUGGGGUCUUGGAAGGCAGGUAUGGUGUGACAGACAUGUGCGACAUGUCAGUAACAGUGUUAAGUAUAACUUAGCUAUGACCUUGAUUGUAAGUUAGCUUAUUUAUUAUCUAAGAUUAAAUCUGUAGGAUGGUUACAUUCAUGAAUAUGGAAAUUUUAUCAGUGACCAUAUUUCUAGUGGCUGAACUUAACAUUUUUUGUGAGUGGAAGAGACCAGCAAUUUUUUUAGAGAACUUUUUUAUUGGGUAGUAGGCGAAUAAAAUAAGCCUUGAAAAUUAAAGAUUUUUAAGACAAUCCUCCAGAUAAUGUUGACUUGUCCAUUUGAAGUUGAUUAUGUCUAAGGAAAUUUCAAACAGUCAUUGAAAUAAUUUUCAUUUGAUUUGUGUUUUUUUUGUUUAUGCUUUGUUAUUGUUUGCAGGGCUAUAAAUGUCUAACAUGCAAACUGGUGGUACAUAAAAAAUGUCACAAAUUAAUCAAGAUCCAAUGUGGACAGCAAAUAGUAAGUACAUGUAAGUUGGUGAUCCUCUUUCAUAUUUUUCUUUCAUCUCCUAACCUGAAUGACGAUUCCUUUAUAGCCUGCUGCUUCGCAAACAAUGCACUCAUCCCUACCCCCUAUUGGGGCAGUUGGUACAAAAAUACCCCCAGCAGAGGAGGCCCCAGGCCCCAAGCGAAGUAAGUUUAUCGUAUAAAUUACAAUAAGAAAAUAUUAUUAAACUUAAGUAAUGUCUUAAGUAAUAGUAAUUAAACAGCAGAAGUUUUAAAAAUUGUGCAUAAAAAACAAGUAGAGAUUUAAGUGCAAGUGUCUUAACACUAAUAUUUAUUUUGCCACUUUUGAUUGUUAAUAGGUAAAAUAUUUAGUUUAUUUUAGUAUGCAAAAUCAAUAGCUUUAGCAUUAAGUGCCUAAUAAUAAAAAAUACUAAACUAACUAACUUACUAUAAAGUAACUAAACUUAACCAACCAACUAACUAACUGCGCAACUAACUUUAAUAGCAACUUACAUACUAAUAAACAUAACAUUGAUAUGCAAAUGAAAAGAAAAUGUAAAAGAUAUAACAGAAAUUAUAAAGAUAGCAACAACUUGUAAAUGUAAAUGUAAAUAGGAUAUUAUCCACUCCCCUCAGGGCUUUUUAGGGAUAAUUUACAACACGGGUUGGGGGACUUUGCCAGAGUGCUUAACAUGCAGUUUAUAAGUAAUGAAGGAAUGAGUAGUGAUACGUGAUGCCCCCAUACAUGAGUGUGAAAGUGAGAUAGACCACUACACCGGGCACUACGUGCCCUACUCUUUACGAAGAGUGUGUGGGUUCUUUAACAUCCCAAAAAUUUAUUACAUGUGCAGGGGCUUGUGAGACGGGGCCUACAGUUUAUCAUCCUUAUCCGAGAAGACUAGAAAGUCAAACCGUUUGCAGAUGUUAUUACAAACAGCACUUUCUCCUCAGUUAUUUAAAGACCCUGAGUUUUGGUCCUGCUGGGGUUUGAACCUACGGUCUCCCGCUCAGCCGACUGGUGCUUAUCCCAUUGAGCUAACCGGGUGGCGGCUAACUUAAUCCAACUAAUAAGAUACCGUUCCUUUUUGUAGUAAUAUUCAACUAACAAAUAAUUUAACUGACUAUUAUGAAAGCAGUAGCUAUAUUUGUAGUUACUUAUUAUUGUAUAUGGACAAAGAGCAAGAUAUAAGAAAAUGUUUGUAAACAGAUUUAAUUUUAAUUAACUACCUUAUUCAUAUUAUAUUGAGAAUAGUCAGAUACCUCAGCUUCCAUAAACAGAACUUGUGUUUAAAUUUCCUCAAAUAAUCAUUUGGGGACAGACAAAAGAAAAUUUCUGUUUCACAAAAGGAGUAUUUUUUACGACAGAGCAAAAUAAAACCAGCAUCUCUUUAGACUGAAGAAAAUUAUUAUAAGUGAUUUAUUUACUAAGAAUAAGAGGUUGUUAAACAUUUUUCAAAAAAUGGCAGAACUAAGCUUUUUUCAUGUUCACUAAAACCACACUAUUAUACUAUGGCCCUGACCUACUUGAACAGCUGACUGCAUUUUUGCUUUGACUUUCACCUUUGCCCAAAGAAAAAAAAAAGGAAGAUGCACAUGUAUUGUACUAAGCACCUUUUUAGUAGUGCAGGCCAGCUCCAUACUUUGUGUUAUGGCUGAACAUUGGGCAUGGAGAGCAGGCAGCUCUAUUCCUGAUAGUGGCACAUAAUGAUUAUUACUGUUUGUGUGCUAGUCAUUCAACUAUUGUGAGAAUGGUGUAGAAUUAAUGUUCUUUCUGUUUUUGUUGCAAACAAUUUACAGGAUGACAGUCACUGCACUUAUAAAGAGAUUCAUUGUAUAAUUAUGUUACAGGUCAAAUUUGAUUUCAGGUUAAUUUGAUUUAACCUAGGUUGAUUUUACGUUGUUGUGACAUUAUUAGUAUUGAAAACUGUGACCAAUACUGUACACACCAACAUAAUUGGCAGAUAAUAACAGUUCAAUUAAUUCUGUAAGUUCCAACAGUGACCAACAUCAAAUUUCUCCUAACAAUGUCACGACACAAUCAAGAGAAAAGGUUGUGAGAAUUAAUGAAAUGAUCACCAAAAGGAAAAUGCAUCGAUGUGUUAUCAAAUUCUCUCAACUGAUUCUUGUAGAAGGUAUGGAGAUAAGUGUGGAGAAUUUGUAUGUGGGUAUGAGGCUUAAAGGGUUAAUGCAAGUCAGGGUAGGUUUACCGCAAGCCUAAAACUCUGGAAAGAUUCCAUUUCAAGUUCUUCUUUUCAAUGUACUUUGUAGCAAGAAGUGACAGUCCUGCGACUCGUAAACGUGGCAUUGUCAGCGUGGAUUACAGUCAAGGUUCCAAACCAAAGGAAGCAUCUUCUGGAAGCAGUUUCUUAAUUUCCUUGAAAGAUUUCACUCUCCUUAGAGUCAUUGGGAGAGGCAGUUAUGCUAAAGUAUUGUUGGUGAGUUCUUGAGUUGGUAUAUUGGGAUAGAUGUAUUGUUGGUUAUUGUGGUGUGUUGUGUUCUAGUCUUCCUCUGUUGCCUUCAAGUAGUUUGCUUUGCACCUUUUAAUAAUUAUGAUAUGCAUUGUGGACAAAUUGUGUGGUUCAGUUAAACCAGUAGUCAAAUUUUGCUUGACUCAGAAUUUCCUUUCACAAUAAGUAUAUUUUUUCUUACCUUAAGGAAAUCAUCAUCUUAACCAUAAGAGUAUAUUUUACAUACACACAUGUACACAACAAUAUUAUAACACCAAAAAUGUAUUAAUGCUUACUUUUGUUUGUUUGUAAGCUCCUUUUAGGUGCCUGUUGCAAAAUGUUUAAGUAUCAGACCAGCAUUUAAUGUUUAUACCAAUGUUUGUUCCCUUACUUUUAGGUGGAGUUAAAGAAAAACAAAAGAAUAUAUGCCAUGAAAGUUGUCAAGAAAGAACUUGUUAACGAUGAUGAGGUUAGUUUAAUAUCUGCUAACGUGACAUAAAAAAAAAAAUUAAAUAGAGUACUUCAGCUCCUCAAGCUGUGAGUGUCCUGGUUUCCUAGUAAAUAGCAUGAACCUAAUCCUUGGAAGUGAAAUUGUGGAUGUGGUCAAGUUUGUAGGUUGGUACCUCCCCUCCACCCCCAUACAAAUGCCUGCAAAAUUUCAUUACUGCGCCAAACUAUAUCUUUGCUUUCUUCAAAUGUAUCACCUUCAAACUUGACAAGUCUGGUAAUUUUGAGGUGCUCUUUCCAGUGCUGUUAAUGUUUUUUUGCAAACUGGUCCUUAACAAAACUUGGAAAAAACUCGGAAGGGUCUUUUACCACAUUAUCUUCUGUUGAAAUCAUCAGCUUUGCUUUUUUCUUCAUUAUUUAAAGUAUUAGUUGUCUCUUUUUUCUUAGGAUAUUGACUGGGUACAAACAGAGAAGCACGUUUUUGAACAAGCAUCAAAUCAUCCAUUUUUAGUCGGACUCCAUUCAUGUUUUCAAACAGCAAGCAGGUAUUUACCCCUUUAGACCCAAUCCAACGUCUCAUUUGUUGUCCCUAUAAGUUUUCAAUAGAAUUAGCAGGGAGAAUUUGUUGAAAUAUCAAUAAGAUUCAUCUUCUCUGAUCAUGUCCUUAUUUCUCUUGACCACUUUAUUUUAUAAUAAUUAAAGCAUUGAUACCGUAUUUAUUUGAAUAAGCGCCCAACCUUGAAUUAGCACCCACCUCGAAUAAGCGCCCAUCCUAAAGGCAGAAAAAGUUAAUAAGCACCCAGCCUCGAAUAAGCGCCCACCCCACCCACUCCCCCUCCCAAUCAAACUCAAUUAGCGCCCACCCCCACCCCAUCUACUUUAGUGAUAAUGAGAUUGAAAUUGAAAUUGAAUAAGUACUAAUAAGAGACUUCCCCGAAGACGGAGUGUUCUUCCGAGUAUUUUACAGAAACCUUGCUUUGUUACUUCUUCACGUUUUGUUACUGGCAUUUACUGUUUUCUUGCAAAAAUAAAAAUACUACACUAAUUGCUGAUAAUGGUGAAAAUUUAAUAAGUGUCCAGGGCGGUUAAUCGAAUAAAUAGGGUAUUAUAAGGAGAAGUUUCAUGCUGAUCACUAUUAGGGCGUAGAGGGUGAUAUUACCCAUUUGUAAUCAAACCACUAGCAUGGCAUUGUAUCAAUUUUGCCAGUUAUAUCCAUAGGAUACUUAAGGUAAGCUUAGCAAAAGUCUAUUAGUAGAACUAUUAUGGCCGCCUGAGAGCUUUACUUCGUAACCUCAGACUUUUUAUAUGUUUUUUGUUUGUUUGUAGGUUAUUUUUUGUGAUAGAGUUUGUCAGUGGUGGUGAUCUUAUGUAUCACAUGCAAAGGCAGCGACGGUUACCUGAAGACCAUGCAAGGUAUUGAAUUACUUUGAAGAGCCACGUUUUAUUCUGUCUCAACUAUGGUACAUCUCAUAGUCUGGUAGCCCAAAAGCAUACUUAUCUUAAAAGAAGCGUUAACAGAUAUCGUUUGCCAAUAAUGUUUUUCUUGCAUUUUUAGGUUUUACUCAGCUGAAAUAUCCUGUGCCCUCAAUUUUUUACAUGAAAAAGGUAAAUUUGUUACACAUUAAGACAUCAAAUAAAAAUGCUUGAGAUUUAACGUCAAGUGAGGCCACACAUGUCCGUUAGAGUUUGCAAACGCUUUAAUCUCGCACCCACAUAAUAACACCCGCUACGCAGGCUAACGCACAGAAACUUAUGAUUUUUAUGAGUGUCCACGCUUGAACAAUCAGGACUUAUCUUUUUGGGAACUUAGCCAGUGUUUACACUUGUUGCCCUGGCAGCUCGACGUAAACACAACCUUUGUUAAAGUACCCACACCAGAAUAGACCUUAUUCACGAUGCCCGCCAUCUUUGCACGCGCUUGAGGACUGAUGGGAUUAAAAACGAUGUCACGUGGCUUCUCAGGAGGCAAACAAGUGAUAAAUUUUGCCAAUACAAGAAAUCGCGGUCGAGUUUGUUUAUUCUUGACAACGGAAAAUUAACUUUUUACAUUAAAGACGAUAAUGGCAAAUUAUGGGUGGAAGUGAUCAUUUGUACUUUUUUUGGUUGCAGCAGCGACCGUAGAGGUCGUCACAGCAAGGAAUACUGACGUUAAUUUUGUCGAAACUCAAACCCUACAUUUUGUAUGACCAUUAAAUCGUCGUUUCGUUUUGAGAGAAUAAACAAAGUCGACCGCGAUUUCUAGCAUUGGCAAGCUAUCUUUUGUUUGCCCCCUGAAAUAACACGUGACAUUGCUUUUAUCCUAUUAAUCCUAAAGCGCGGCAAAAAUGGCCGGUAUCGUGAAAGAAAAGUGGGCACCAAGUCCCUGUGUGCGCGCGUUUUCUGUUAAUUCCGAGGCAGUCCCAAUCUCACAACGCUCACGUUUCACAAUGGCGUCUGUCAGAGAAAAAUUGAGCCAAGAUGUACACAAUAACAUUUCGAAUGAGAAGUGAACACAACACUUGUAUCCAGGAACUUGUGUUCGGGCACCAAAUGUGAACAUAACCUCAUUAAUUUUCUGUGGAGUCCGUUUCCGAAGAGAUCUGUUUACGAUCGCGCACUUUUGGACUCGUCUGGAAAUGACGCGAAAUUUUCAUUCAUCCACAUUGCUUUUUUGCGGUUUACAGGUGUGAUAUAUCGUGAUCUGAAACUUGAUAACGUUCUGCUAGACUCAGAUGGACACGUGAAACUGACAGAUUAUGGAAUGUGCAAAGUAAGUGACUCUUUUUCAUCAUCAUAAUAAAAACGUUCCUUCUUAAGUACCUUCGCUUUCAUUUUUAACUGCAUUUUCCCGUGAUUAUGACAGGAAGGUCUCCGCCCUGGCGACACAACCAGCACAUUUUGUGGAACACCUAAUUACAUUGCACCCGAGAUUCUUAGAGGCGAAGAUUACGGUAAGAACGUGUUUGCUUAGUCACGCGCAUAUAAGGAACCAGAUUAGUUCUUUACUAUGUUCAUUUCACUUCAAACUGUGUUUUCUUUUUUCGAUUAACGUUUUACCUUGUGGGUACUUGUAGAACCCUAGAAUUUGAGAGUGAUGUUAUGUUCAGAUCGUGGUACAAGCGUAAGACAGAAAAAUCUUAUUUCCUGACGGUUUUUUUUAGCUGAAAACACGAUCUUUUGGACUAACCGGAACCGAAAGAGUGAGCUGCUGAAAAGCUCAACUCUUAAAAUCCCAGGAGUGACCAAUAUCAAUUUUCUCCAAACAGUAUCGAUACAUAAUCAAGAGUAGAGGUUAUGAGAAUCAAUAAAAUGAUCACUGGAGAGAAAAUGCUUUGAUUUGUUAUCAAAUUCUCCUAACUUAUUCUUUUUGGAAAUAGAUGGAGAUCAGUUUGGAGAAAUUGUGUGUUGAUAUUCGGGGCUUUAAGGGGUAAAUGUCACGCCCUUAACUCGUUCCAUUUGUGAUAUGCGUCCUUCCUACCGCUUGUAUCAGGAGUGGUGAAAGGGUCUUGAAUAUAUAGUCAUAAAUAAAUUUAAAAGGUAUUAGAUCUUCAAGCUUCUUUAAUGGAAGACUUUGUGGUCUCUCGUUUGUUCCAUAAACUCUCUCAUCGCGUUGCUGAGCUUAAUUUAACAUCUUUCUUUAUUUAUCAAGUGUUUUAUUCUUUGUUUGUUUGUUUUGUGAAUUUCUUUUUUUAUAUUAUUAAGAUCGAUCUUUUUUUUUCUCCAGGAUUCAGUGUAGACUGGUGGGCUCUUGGUGUUUUGAUGUUCGAAAUGUUAGCAGGACGGUCACCAUUUGAUGUGGUAGGAGGCGCAGAAAAUCCAGAUCAAAACACAGAGGAUUACCUCUUUCAAGGUUUGUGUCUAACUCGGGUCUCUUUCGUCUCGCUGUCACGAGAGAUGUGAGUGCAGGGGAUUAUGGGAAGGAGGAGCGCGUUCUUCGCACCGUUACGCAUGCGUCCCUAGUGACGAGGGAGGUCACUGGGUACAAGUGUGGGUUUACAUCGCUCUGUUGGUUGUGUCACGUGGGAAUUUUGGUGCUCUGUGGGGGUUUAGGUGUAAAAGUAAUGCGUUUCCCAUCAUGUUAACAUUGCAAUGGCAAACUGGAAUUCUGUAGCAUCCCAACAUCAAAGCGUUUUUCAAAGAUUUUUUUUGAUAAUUAGAUUCAAAUCCUUCUAUCUGCCCAAUUUAUUACCCGAUUCUGCAACCAUGCACCACGCCGCUUGAUCCUGUACACAACUUCUGACUAUAUCUACCUUUUUUAUCCAUAUGCAUGUAAAAUGAUUCUUGAACGAGUACUAAUCCUACCUAUAACUGGUUUAACCCGCAAUUUUGUUCAAAAUAAAUUUCGUUUAUGUAACCAAAGUUUCAAAGCCCUGGUUAAGGCACUGAUGUUCUUAACACUGGUUUAAGCAUUGUGUAAAUAAUCGGCUCCCUAUUCUUUAGUUGCACUAGUUAAUAUCCAGAGUAUAACUAUUUCUCGGCUGAAGAGUUAUUGGAACUAAUAACGAUUUUGCGUUGUUAUAUCCAGUUAUUCUAGAAAAGCCGAUAAGAAUUCCUAGGUCUUUGUCUGUAAAGGCAGCAUCAAUACUCAAAGGUUACCUUAACAAGGUGAGGGGAUAGCUUCAUUCAGUUUACUGGUUAGAGACUCUUUAAGAAGGCGACCUGGUAUUUUUUUUAAUAAAUCCAAUGAAGGCCCAAAUUACCUCAUUGCCAUGUUCUCGUCUCGCCAUUUUUGCGAUUGGUAAUGUGGUUUUUGCAUCACCUCUCUUUUCCUUGCAUCGAAAAAUGAUCUGACUAAACUACGACGUAAUUAGCCAGAAAGCGUUUAAGGGUUUUUUUUUCCCGAAAGACUCGAACACAUGUUGCGGUUUUCUUUCAGCGCUGUAUUUUUUGUAUGCUAUGUGGCGACAAGGAAAAAUGUAACUUUUUUUCUCUAAGUCUAUUAUAUAUCAUGCAAACGUUGUUUUUUUUUUGGCGUGAUUUUUAUGGGAAGAAAUUUAUUCAAUCUUGUUAAAGUUUAUUUUUUUACGUUUGCUUGCAUUUUGUUAUUAGAAUCCCAUUGAGCGUCUGGGCUGUCAUCCUCAAACAGGAUUUGCAGAUAUAACGACACAUGUAUUUUUCCGGACAGUCGAUUGGGAACAGGUGGGUGAAGGCGCGUAACAAGACUCGCUUUAACUCUUUAAGCCUCAAUAUCAACAUACAAAUUAUCCAUACUGAUCUCCCUAUAUUUCCAUAAAGAAUAAGUUAGGAGAAUUUUUUUAAAAGACGGCAUUUUCCCUUUGCUGAUCAUUUUUUUAAUUCUCAUAACUUUUUCUCUUGAUAAUGCAUUGGUAAUGUUUGGAGAAAAUUGAUAUUGGUCGCUCCUGGGACCUUACAGUUUUGAGUUUUUCAGCAGCAGCUCACUUUCUCACUCUUCCGGUUUCCCUAAGUCCAGUGGCCAUUUAGAUAGGCUGCAGGUCUUAAAUAUCGAAAUCGACAGCACCACAGACCAUGACAACAACUAACAAACGUCACGAACCUCAUUCUAUACAUCUGAACUUAUUUUUCUCUUUUUACCUCCCUAGUUGGAAGCCCGUCAAGUUCCUCCUCCGUUCAAGCCCCGGAUUGAAGAUCAAUACGGACUGGGUAAUUUUGAUCCACAGUUUACAAACGAACCCGUGGUAUUAACUCCAGAUGACCCGUAAGUUAACAUUGUUUUUCACACUUACAUUCAUUUGCCAGUUCAGAGACGAGAAGGGGACUGGAGCCGAAAUAUGCCCCGCAAAUGCUUCUGGGAUCGAUACUCCCUGGGGACGCGCCUGUCAGCCAUUAGCCAUUUUUUCCCUGUCUCUAAAAACGGUCCCAGAAGUCUUUGCGAAAGUUUACUCUGCCCAGUUCUUUCUCGUUUCAAAACAGGGGAAUUGGAAAGCUUUAGAUUCUAAGACGAGAACUUCAACGAGUACGAGAUUUGAAUUAAAGUUUUUUCGCGUAUUCUCAAAAUAUAGACUCCCCGGAAAGCUUCAGUUUACCAUUUUUCACCAGAAAAGUUCGCACUGUUACCUUUAGUGAAGGAGGUUACACCCUCUCCAGAUCGCAAAAUGAUAAAACUUCUAACAUCUGAUAACUUGUUUCCUUCACUUCGACAUUCUCGCUAAAACUCGUAGUAGAAUGACGACGGCUACCAUGUUUUCCCGCCAAAAUGAAGCUGGUUCACGCGCGUACGCUACUUAGUACUGAAAAAAUCUCGUACUCGUACUUGUCUUUGACUCUAAAGGUCUCUACUGUUAGAAUUUGCCCUUACAACAUGUUUGUGCCAAUGAACAGCGUUACUGUUAUUUAUAUGGAUAUUAACAGUUCUUUCUUUCAUUUUUUUGCGACAGGAAAAUCCUGGAGACUAUCGACCAAUCAGAGUUUGAAGGAUUUGAAUACAUUAAUCCCUUGUUAAUGUCCUCAGAGGAAUGCGUAUAAUGAUUGUUUCAGUCACACUAUAGGUCAGAUUUCUUUCGCGAUACGCACACUGUUACAUACUUACUUUUUUAGUGAAAACGCAUAUCAAAUCACAGCAUUGACAAAGUUCCAAAAUUUGAAAAACAGUCUUUAGUUUAAAGUAAAACAUCAUGAAUAUACAAUACCCCAGCUGAAAGACCUUUCAUCACUUUUCGUUAGAAGCGUUGUACUUUAGAAUUUGUCGGCAUAGUUGAAAGCUGAAAGAUGUUGCAUUGAAAAUGGGUGCAUAAAAAUUAAGUUAAAAUGAAGUGCAAAAUUGCAUCACAAAUAUUAUAAGUUUUUUGUGUAGUGCUUAUAUAGAUAGUCUUGGGUAUGGGGAAUGCACAAGAAUAAACGGCGAGUAAAUGAAGUGAUAAUUUAUAUGUAAAGUAAUUUUUUCCAUAUAUAUACUAAGUGAAAGGUAAAUCCUAUACGUAAGUGAAUGCUGGAUUUUAUAAGUACAAAAAUAUAUGAAUCUACUAAGUUUGUCCGAAUUAACGUUUUCUGACGAUUGGUAUUUUGGUCAGGAAUAGAUACGUCUAGCUUAAUGUAGAUAGCCUGUGUACAGACGUCCCCCCUGUACCCUGGGAGACGUCUGUACACAGGCUAAAUGUAGAUCAUUCGACUCUAUUGAUUUCAUCAUCCAGUUUAGCUAGUCUUCUUGUAAAAACAUCCGGGACCAAUAAAUAAAAAUCGAACUGGGUUGCAUUUUUUUUCGCCUUUUAGUUAUCCAAGUAAACUAGCUGAAACAUGGCAAACAAAAUAGCCUUAACAUUAAGUUGAUGAUGAGUUUUCGCGUACGUUAAAACAUUUUUGUUGUGGCAGUCAGGUUUUGAUCAAAGAGAAUUAAAAUCACUUUGGAUGGGCCUCUCUGUGAAGCGAUAGGAAAUAUUGAAAGGUGCUGGCAUCUUAUAAAAUCAAAUUAGAAAUUAUCCAGUAGUUAUAAUUCGCAGAUUGAACCGUUGCUCGGGUAGAUAGGUAGUGUAACACGGGUAGAUAAGUAGUUUCAUCUAUGGUCUUGUAUUUGUACUCAACUUGGAAAUUGCUUACUAUUUUUAUGGUGAAAAUAUGUUGUAAUAAACUCAUUUGGUGCAAUCUUGUGGUAUCAUUUUAACUUCCGACGAAAAAGACUUACAGGGGUUCAAAAGUGCGCUGUUCAUACAUUCCCCUGGACUAGCAGUUGUUUCUUGUAUCUGGAAAAGAGCGGCCUGGGGUAAACACGUGAUGUCAUGCUUGUAUCGGGAAGGACAGCUUUGGGGAAGUCGCAUGCGA